AUGGAGCAAAACGAGGGAGACGGUGAAGAGGAAGCAGCGAAAGGGAUCAUCGAGACGGACAUCGACCGGAUCGGUGCCAGUUUUAAGCAAAGAGGAAAGGAUGAUGGACGAUCUGGUGAACGAACCAAGAGGAGACCGAGCAAGGCCGUCCGUACAGCACCGAAAGGGGACGGGCCGAGAGGAACCCCUUCCGAAGAUCUGGUCACUCACGGUGGAGGUGUGUAG